CUAAAUUAGCCUUUUAGUAGCAUAUGUAUUUGCUUCAGUCAUGAGCCACAGGGAAUUAAUAAAGCAAUUUUUUACGUUACAGGAGGAAAGGGUGAAAGCUUACAAAACGUUUGACAGUGGCUUUAAAGAGUAUCUUGAAACUGCCCCCAUGUAUGAUUUCCCAUCAUAUCGACAGCUGGUACAUGAUACAACGCAGACAUUUAACAACAUUUCUAAUGAAGUCAUUGCAAUUGAAACCAAGUUAAGGGAGAGCGGACAGACCAGCAUUGGGGAUAUUAUCAGAAAAAUUCAACUCAAAGAAAAAGAGAAAUUAGAAAUGACAGCAAAGUUCCAGAUAGCAGAACAAAAUGCUGUGGCUGAUCCUUCUGAUGUCGAAAAAGUAGAAGAGGCAGCUGCCAUCAAGUUAAGUUUACAGAAGCUUGUGGAUCACAUUGUUGAACUUUUGGACGAAUUGAAAUAUGAAGCUGAGGACAUUCUUUUGGAAAGCACAUAGGAACGCGCAAGAACAUCCUACGCGGAACUUUUCUAUCUUAAUUCCAAUUCUUGUCCUAAAGAUCAUGGUGAAAUGAAUUUGGUAAAGCACAUGAAAGCAGAUUUCGGAUAGCUGUGGUGUUAAAAUGAAAGAGGCACCUACAAUACAGCGGAGAAAAGUAUAAGCCAACCAGAGCUUAAAGAAAAAACUCAGGCCCCGUUCACAUUGCGCUGGAGGAAUUUGAAAACGCAGCUUUAUUUAUACGGUUAGGCCUACCGUCCACACUAAUCCGUCACGA